GGCGCUGUGAGCUGAUCUUUGUGCGAACGAAGCAGCGCAGCAGUCGUAGUUAGCAACCGACAGCAAACACACUCGGAGACGGCGGCGGGACACCGAUUUUGGGACUGAAAAACAACUCAUCCGGCGAUUACAAAGUGACUGGGACUGCCUUAAAAUGGUCAUCUGGUGAAGACUCCCGAAGCUUUUAGGUGGAGGCGUGGCAGACAGCGCCGCCCAGGCGUGCAGAGUGGGACCCCUUCCCGUCUCACAUAACCGACGACCAGCUUCCCGAGGCCGCCGCCAUCAUCCCCAGAUGGACUUCAGACUCUGAGAAAAGAGCGAGGCAGUCGGGACCGAAAUCAAGCGAAGGAGAGGAGGCGCAGGGGGAGGAGCACACGCUCGCUGGAGCAGGAAAGGGAGGGCAUUGGUAGGGAGCGGAGAGGACACUGGGCUCCGCCACGAUGUCGUCAAAUAGGACCCAGAACCCACACGGACUGAAACAGAUAGGCCUGGACCAGAUAUGGGACGACCUGCGGGCUGGCAUCCAGCAGGUGUACACGCGGCAAAGCAUGGCCAAGUCACGCUACAUGGAACUCUACACACAUGUAUAUAACUAUUGCACCAGCGUCCACCAGUCCAGCCAGGGCCGGGGCUCCGUGCCUCCAGCGAAGCCCUCCAAAAAGUCCACCACUCCGGGCGGGGCUCAGUUCGUAGGCCUGGAGCUCUACAAGCGGCUCAAGGAGUUCCUGAAGAACUACCUGACGAGCCUACUCAAGGAUGGCGAGGAUCUGAUGGACGAGUGCGUGUUGAAGUUUUACACCCAGCAGUGGGAGGACUACCGUUUCUCCAGUAAGGUCCUUAACGGGAUCUGCGCCUACCUCAACCGCCACUGGGUCAGACGAGAGUGUGACGAGGGACGCAAGGGCAUCUACGAGAUCUACUCGCUGGCACUCGUGACCUGGAGGGAGUGUUUAUUCCGACCCCUCAACAAACAGGUAACAAACGCCGUUCUGAAGCUGAUAGAGAGAGAGAGGAACGGUGAGACCAUCAACACCCGGCUCAUCAGCGGUGUUGUCCAGUCUUAUGUCGAGCUGGGCCUGAACGAGGAGGACGCCUUCGCCAAAGGCCCCACGCUGUCCGUGUACAAAGAGUACUUCGAAUGUCAGUUCCUCACUGACACAGAACGUUUCUACACGCGCGAGAGCACCGAGUUCCUGCAGCAGAACCCCGUCACAGAGUACAUGAAGAAGGCGGAGGCCCGUCUCCUGGAGGAGCAGCGGCGCGUGCAGGUUUACCUCCAUGAAUCCACCCAGGACGAACUGGCCCGAAAGUGCGAGCAAGUGCUCAUCGAGAAGCAUCUGGAGAUCUUCCACACGGAGUUUCAGAACCUCCUGGACGCUGACAAGAACGAAGACCUGGGCAGGAUGUACAACCUGGUGUCGCGGAUCACAGACGGUCUGGGUGAGCUGAAGAAGCUUCUAGAGACCCACAUCCACAACCAGGGCCUGGCCGCCAUUGAGAAGUGCGGCGAGGCAGCGCUCAACAGGCUGAACAGGAUGAUAGCUUCUGCCUGGCUCGUCUGUAAUUUAACCUUAAAAAAACCAAAACAACAUUUUGUUUGUUUUUGUUUCCUUUUCAGCUCCAAAAACCCAGAGGAGGCUGAACUGGAGGACACUCUGAACCAAGUGAUGGUCGUGUUCAAGUACAUCGAGGACAAAGACGUUUUCCAGAAGUUUUACGCCAAGAUGCUGGCCAAACGUCUGGUCCACCAGAACAGCGCCAGCGACGACGCCGAGGCCAGCAUGAUCUCCAAACUCAAGCAAGCGUGUGGCUUUGAGUACACGUCCAAACUGCAGCGAAUGUUCCAGGACAUCGGAGUCAGUAAGGACCUGAACGAGCAGUUCAAGAAGCACCUGACCAACUCUGAGCCGCUGGACUUGGACUUCAGCAUCCAGGUUCUGAGCUCCGGCUCGUGGCCUUUCCAGCAGUCCUGCACCUUCGCUCUGCCCUCAGAGGUAACCCAAGGGACCUCAGCGCGCUGCCGAGGAUGCUGGGAAAACCCGACCCGAGUCAAAAAGCACUCGGACAUGAAACUGAGGCUCCGCCCAGAUUUGAAAGGCUCGCCCGGCGGCUGCCUGGCUGAAGGAAAGCGGGCUGGCUUCGUUUUCACGUAA